AUGAUUCCGGGGCGGAGGAGGAGUGCUUUUCGGCGACGGUUCCAAGCAGUUGUUCAGAUUAGGAUUAAAGUUGAGAAGUUGUCUGAAAAUGGAAGGAAGAUUUGUAUAAUACUUUCAAAUUCAUUUAGUGCUCGCACUUGGAAAUCUGGUUUCCUGCAUUUUUCAUUUCAGGAAAUUAUUGAUGUUGCGGAUAAAAAGCUGAAUGGGCUCAAGAGAAGCGUUGGUAAAGCGGCAUAUAAUGCGGUGGUGGCAGCUCUAACAGAGUUAAAUGAAUUCAAUCCUAGUGGGCGAUAUGUAACCUCAGAAUUGUGGAACAAUGCUGAGGACAGAAGAGCAACUCUGCAAGAAGGAAUACAAUUUCUGUUGGACAACUCAUCAAACAAACGCGAGAGGGGAAAAGCUACCAUGGGAAGGAAGGGUGAAUGA